UCCUUUUAUAAACAAAUAAGAAUUUUAAUACAACAUUAAUAUAAAAUGAAUAUUUAUCUACCUUUAUAUAGCACCAAUGUUGCCGUAAUUUUUCGAAUUCUAGCCUUGCAACACUGUGCUAUCUUCUUGUGCUAUCUUACAUUGUUUAAUUAAAACCUACUUAAAGAACAUAUUAUUAAGUAGAUGAAAUAUUGUAGAUGAUUAGAUCGUAUAAUACAUUCGUCUUCGCUGUGUCAACUGAUUCAAAUAAUUAAUAUACUCGACGCUAUACGAGUUGGUUUUUUAUUUUCGUCAAUAAGCACUUUUAAUUACUUCGAAAUACUCCUAAGAGCUCUGAUUGAUGAAGAUCGAAUAAUUUUUGGAGUAUGCUAUGCGAAGUGUGCUAAUAAUUUUUCUCUUCAUCCCGAGGGAGCCGCUGUCGGUAAUAGGAUAAUUCCGGAAGAAGCGUUAAAUAUGCGUUUGACGUAAUCGAUUCAUUUAUCCGUGAAGGAACGUAGAGCGUUUCGACCAAGCACAACACAAUCAUUGAUCUCGUUUUCUCUCGAUCUCGACGAAAGGAUUCAGCAGUUCAUGGCAGAUGGAAGCCGAAGAGAUGGAACGAGCGGCGUUGCGUCGUCAUGCUCGACAGAAACAGACACGUGUCUGGCACUUUGUGUGCCUUAAAGCAACAGGAAGUGAUUUGCCGGUCAUUUAAUCCAAAGAGUUGUCGGCAAUUUCUUUCUCUGCGAUUCCGAAUUUAUUUCGGAAAAAAUCUCUAUGUAUGUCUGCAUUCGGACCAGCCGUAAAAGCUCUUAAAUGAGUUACAUAACGUUUCGAAUUUUGUGAUAUGAUGAUUCGGUGGCUCGUUUUUAAUUUAUUCUAAUAUGCGUGAAAAUGUAUUUGUCAUUUUGUCGCAAUUUCAGUCACUUUGUGUCGAAUCGUGUUCAGCUCUCGGAAUAUUGUUUUUUAAUGAUCGAGUCGUGGCUAGUUAUAAUCACACAGCCUCGCAACGGUGGAAUGAAUAAUAUGUCGAUUGCAAAUAUGGUCAUCAAAGAGUCAAGAAUCAACCGAGAUUGCUAUCUCUGUGACGUGAAAAUUCCCGGUUACGGCGAUCACUAUAAUUAAUUUCCCGAAACGCGACGACUUCUGAAUAUACACGUACAGAGUAAAACAGAGGAGAACACGAGAGUAAAAUUCGAGAGAUGAAAAGUUACUUUCCCCAUAUUCCCAAUUGCUGUCUUUGUAAAUGACGCAAGUUUAUUCCCGUCCCACAUAAUCCGUUAGAUUGAAUAUUUAAAUAUUCAAUUGUUAACUGUAGUCAAAUAUUUAUCUUUAGGAAUAAAGAUCGAACUGCUGUUUGCUAAAUAAAAUUAAUACUGCGUUUAUUUAUAAAUGCGCAUAAGUUUUAUUUACACUUAAUCCAUCACUUAAAUAACUAAUAUGAUAUACUCAUAAUAAACACAAAUAAUUUCUCCACAUUUAAUUCAGACCUAAAAGUAUUCCCAACUCAUCAACUUCGCAAACUUCGAUCAAUAUGUUUUAUCAUUUCUGUCUAAGCAUUUAAUACACUUGAAUUUAAAUUCUCAUUCCAAAACUAAUAUCUACAUUUAUAUAUAAAAUUAAUUUCCCUUGUUUUUUAAUUUAUCCAAAUAACUUCCCACUCAAAUAAAAAUAUUAUAAAUCGUGAAUAAAAAUUAUUCCCACUUAACCCAUCACAUACUUAUAAAACAAUUUUUCUUUCGAUGAUUGAUAUUUACAUUUUAUUACACUGGAUGUGAAAAUGUUUAUAUCAAGUUUGUCAUUUCAGACGAAAUGUAUUUUUUUAGCUUUUUUUCGAGGGGGUUUGAAGGAUUUAUGAUUGUCUAAAGAAAGAAGCAAACUAAACUCAAUGAUUCGAUUGUUGAGGUACGUCCAUAACAUGUGGUUGAUUUGUAUGCCUUGGAAAUAUAUACAUUCCUUUGCCAAAACUUUGGUGCCACUGAAAUUCGUUGUAAUAAUAAAGAUGUUAGAUGCGUACACAUGUGGUACUUUUUUUUAGAUAUUUUUCAUUUUUCAAGUAUAUGAGCACUCAAAGUUGAAGAUAGAACACUUUUUGUACAUAAAUUCGAGCUUUGUCAUUUUAAUCUUAUUUUUUGAUGAUAAAACUGAAAUUAAUUUACCUUUUUCUUAUAAUGAAUUAUUGACAGUUUUUCAUUACAUUUAAAAUAAAAUUUUUUGAUAAUUGUCUUUUUCGAGAAAGAUUGAAAUAAGUAUGAAUCAUGUAUAUUUUAACAUUUAAAAUGUUUAAAAGAUUUUUCAUCGAGAUGUAAAAUUGUCAACCGUGAUAAGUAAUUUAAAUAUUUAUUUAUUUCGCGUAUGAUAAAAAUAUUUAAAAUGCAUGCUUUUCGUGAAAAUAUCCGAACACCUCUUAUGCAAUAAAUCUAAUUACCCGAUUUGAUCACGUACCUAUUUUUCUGUAAUCUUUCUGGUUCAACACAUAAAUCGUUAAAUGUAAAUAACAAAAAGAUUAAGAUAAAAUAUUUGCAAUAAUAUCCUUAUGUUGAUUUCUGUACAUAAUAAAUAAAUGAAGCAAUAAUUAUUUUCAAAAGCAGAUAUCGACAUGUGUACGUUACCCGAUUAAGAAGAUGCUUCGUCAUACACUGUCUUGUUUGUACAAUUUCAUUCGCUUUAAUCGCUUCAGCGUAGAGAGAAAGUUUAUUUGCUAUCUUGAAAUACUGCGAAAGUUGUAACAGCGAUAUGUAUGCAUGAACAUGAGAGACAUACAUUUAUAAACUUUAUGCGGCGCGCAUUGCUUGAACUGAAAAUUGUAAGAUACACAUAAAAAUAUUAUUAAGCACCAUUAAGACCUUGUACCGUGUUGGCAUUUGCUCAUCUUAAUUGAUUCAAACUUUUGACAGUUAAUGAUUAAAAUGUCGCAAAUAUUAGGAACUAUGACGAAAAUUAAUUUGUUAUGAGAGUUAAAGUAUCCAUUAAAAGAUAAAAAUAUAUCUAAUCAAUUCCUUUAAUAUAAUUAUAAUUACCUAAUCAGCUAAAAUAAAAGGCAAGGAUAUAUGUAUCGCCAUACACUGUCUAAAUAAACAUCUAGGUAUAUAUUUCGACUAAAUAUUGGAACUUAUCGGUCAUUUAUUUUCUCUUGAUUAUUUCUCGGAAUCUAAUUUAUCGAAAUGAUAUAAGAAGAAAUGUACUAGGACAAAUUAAUUGGAGUGGCUUCUGUUCGUGAAUUUAUUGUAAUCCGUUAGAAUAGUUUUCGUCGAAAGAUAGAAAAGAAAUGAGAAAUAAAAAGUUUUUCUUCUUUUAAUCUAAAAUAUCUCUUUGAUUUGAAGUUGAAAUAAAGCAACAAUCAAAAGGAAAGAAAAGCUUAAAAGAGUCAAUCUCGAUUCAUCUCGAAACAAGGCAAAAAAAACGUGAAAGAGGUAGAAACGAAAGAUGGUCAAAAGGUGAAAGAAAUAAUGAAAAAUACAAGCGUCGAACAAUCUUUGAAAAUGAGCGUCAUAAUCAGGCUGCAAAAUCUGGCAUGGUCUGCCAAUGCAUUGGAUAUACGCCAGUUUUUCAGAGGUCUAAGUAUCCCGGAGGGAGGAGUCCAUAUUGUCGGCGGCGAGUUGGGAGAUGCGUUUAUCGCAUUCAGCACCGACGAAGAUGCGCGCCAGGCAAUGAUGAACGAUGGCGGCAAGAUCAAGGAGAUGAAGAUCAAGCUGUUAUUGAGCUCACGCACUGAAAUGCAAAAGGUAAUUGAGGCCGCUCGACAGCAGACUUUAAGUUUGCAAUGCAUCAUGCAAACCGCGCCAGUGGCGGUACCGCCUACCGUGGUUCCCGGCAAACAGCCCGGUUCACCGACGGACAAGAGAGACAAGGACAAUGAUAGCGAGUCCAGCAAGGAUCGGAAGGACAGACGCGAUCGAUCGAGAUCGCGAGACCGCUCACGGUCGCGCGACCGUGACCGUGACCGAGAUCGCCGGGAUCGGGAUCGCGGGAGAGACCGACGACGACGGGAUCGCAGUAGAUCGCGAGACCGAGAACGUGACAGACGAGACCGGCGCCGUCGCCGGGACCGGUCCAGAUCGCGCGAUCGCACGAGAUCGCGCGAUCGCGAUUCGAAGAGGAACUCGACGAACGACAGACGUAAGGAUACUAACGAGGAUGACAACAGCGAGGUCGUGUGCGUUGGCCAGUUCAACAAGGACAAGGCAUCGACGGCUGCGUCGAAAAAACCACUCGAGAAUGGCAUAUGGGAAGUUCCGCCACAAACGCAGAUGCAGGCAGCUCUGUUGGCACCGAGUAUCUUAGGAGCUGGCGUCGCUGCUCUAUCCCAGGACUCGGAGACUCAGCGUUCAGCCAUGGCCAGUUUUGGCACACCCGUGAUGGGUCAGCAGUCGAUGCUGCAACCUGGACAAUUUUCUAUAAACGGUCUUAACGGCGCCGUUGGCAAUCUCAUGCAACCGCACAUUCAGACGCUCGCAGGGCACACGGUCGGCAUGACGUCUUUAUCGCAGAAUCUAAACACCGCCACCAGUCUACCCAGCAGUUUGGGCGGUCUCGGAACUCGGAAUCCGAAGGAACCCUGGAGUCAGAACGAGCAGGGUAGAAUGGACCAAACCGGGGGGCGAUUCUCCGGCCGAUCGAAUCAAUUCGGUGGUCAGGAAUACGGCACUACUGGCAAUUACCGCGGCUCCAGGCCGAACAAUCAGCUCUUCCUGAACAAAGUGCAAGAGCUCGAGGGCCGUCGCAAUCCACACGCGUUUCAAGCCGGUGCCUCUAACUUUGGCAACUACGACAACGAUCGACCAACGUCCGGCAGAAAGUCCGGCAAUUCGAGAUUCUCCAACGAGAAUAAGAACGGCAGCGGUGGAGGUCAUUGUGUGGAAGUGCGCAAUAUGCCGUUGAGCGCGACGUACGCGGAUCUACGCCACGCGUUCCAUGGUACCUACAUCAGGAAGGAGGGAAUGAAGAUAAUCAACGAUAACCACGGUAAUCGCGUAGGUAUCGCGUAUGUCAAGUUCGGCAAGGCCGAAGGCAAAGAACUCGCGCUGAGCACGACGAGAUACGUGCGAGGUUCCGAGGUAGAGGUACUCGAUUUGGACGAGAGUAUCUUCGAUAAAGCAGUGAAUUCUUACUCGCCUGAGAGUAGGGAAGAUGGCACCGAUGGCGACGUUAGAAACUCUAUGUGCAUCCUGCUGACUGAUUUGCCAUCCUUCACCAAGGAAAUGGACAUAGCCAAGCUGUUCCACGACUGGAAGAUCAACGAUCUCUUUAUUACCAAUAGCAAGGAGACCGGUACUACCCAGUAUAUGGCUUACGUGCAAUUUGCGCGGCUCGAGGACGCCAAGUCAUCGCUGAGUACGUCGCUCAAGAUCGGUAACAAGCAAGUAACUGCGACCGCGAUAAGCGAGGAGAAGUUUGCGCAGGCGAAGCGCGAGCACGAGCAAGCGAGCAUGAACCAAACGGAUUGUAUUCUCAUGCGUGGUUUGCCAUUCCAGACAAUCGAUCGCGACAUUUUUGACUUUUACUCAGAUAUCGGCAUUGUACCGCUCUGCAUUCAUAUGAUGCUCAAUCAGCAGGGCAAACCGGCCGGCGAAUGCUUCUGCGAGUUCGACUCGGCCGAGAAGGCGGAACGCGCAAUCGCCAAGAAUGGUCUACCGCUUGGUAAAAACAUACCCACUAUCGAGUUGGUGCCGCGCGUUAAAAUGCUCGAAACUCUCGGCAUGAUGGAGGCGCAACAGCAAACGCAACAGCAGCAUUUCCCGAUGCAGGAGCAGCACCAGAGACCGCCGCGCUUUUCCGGCCCAAUGGGCCAUAUGCUGCGCUUCGGUAACACCGGCUUCGGACCUCGUUGCCCGCCUGCCGGUCUAAUGGGUAUGCCGCGUCACAUUAUGGGCCGCCAUCCACCCUCUAUGGAUUAUGUCGAAGGUUUUGGUAAACCUGGCUGCGUGCUGUCAUUGGAGAAUGUUCCGUUCAAGGCAGACAUCAACGAGAUCAUCGAAUUUUUUGGCGACUUUGACGUGAAACGAGAAAAUGUGAUUCGCCGCUACAACGAGAGAGGCAUGCCGACGGGAGAUGCGCGCGUGGCCUUCUCGUCGCCCAGCGAGGCACAGCGAGCGCUCAAGGAACUUAUGCAUUGCAAGAUACGGGAACGUACCAUAUACAUGAAAGUCGCGUGAGGUCCAUCGUUCCGCCGUGGAGAGGCUGAUGACAGUACGUAAAAGGACACUGUCACUCUAGUGACGAUAUCCGGCCGGGUCGAAUCGCACGAAGCUCUCUGUGUGUGGAACGAAUGCAAUAUCCAGUAAGACGUCUUCUGAGAAUUAGCAUAAGAGAGACGGUUUUAUACAAGAGAAUCCUCGCUAAUAAGCCCAUCUCAAUAGAGAUACUUUACAAUGGGAUAUCUUCUUCGUGUGAAAGUGACUGUACUUCUUUGUUAAAUUCGCGCCGAAUCUACGUGUGUACAUAGAAACUUUAUAAAUUUUAGGAUCAUUUUCUUCAUCCAUCCAUCCAUCCAUUCAUUCAUUCAUUCAUAUCAUGGGCCAUACCGCCCAAAUUGUUUUUUCAUCUGUCGUAUAAUCACAGGCAUUUAACCGUUUACUUACUGCGUCAAGAAUUGCGUUUCAAGCAUAAUCGCAACAUUAGUAACACAUCUAGCAUAAAAAAAGCAGCGUGUUUUUUGUUGAUACGACACGUACAACUAUACCCAGGGGGUAUGGAGGAAUGUACAUUAUGAAUGUAAAAAACUUUAUUAUCUUAUUUUUAAUACCAUUGCAAUACCAAAUAACGUUUUAGUUAUAGAAACGAAAGAUGCAGAGUACAAAGUUAAAGAUGAUUGCGUUUACUUUGCGUUUGCUUGACAUGGCGUUUAAUAUUAAAACCUGAGCGUGGUUCGGAGACGAUGAAGGGGACAAUCCUUAUGAAAAGUGAGUACAUGUGUACAUUACAUAUGUCAUAUAAUAUAUGUACAUUAUAUGUAUAUCUUACAUAUAACGCAUAUGUGAGGUAUAUUAUUAUAUAUCUUACGUAAUGUACAUAUCUUCACGAUAGAUAAUAUGUAUAGUGCAUACAUUAAAUGUAUAUAGAAAUCAUGCACUAUAAUGCGCGAUUAUACUUACACCUAUCGCGAUUGGACUUGUGUGAAAUAACGAACAAUACCGAUAAGUUUAUACACGCGCACGAUCACACACAUUGUCAUAAACUUAUGUUAUGAUAACGAACACUUGGAGACUUCAAUAAAUUUUUAUUCAAAUCUG